AUGAAGAGCACUGGACUCGUGUUACCAGCGUUUCUGCUGUCGCAGCUUUCCUGCGUGUCGACGACAUGGACUGCACCGGAAUCUGCUUCCUCAAGAACGUUGCUCGAUCCGGAUGGCAACAAGCUCGGAGCCGUAGCGUCCGAGUCGAAAGAAUGUAGUGAGAUUGGGACGAAUGUGCUCAAGGCAGGUGGCAAUGCGGCCGACAGCAUGGUUGCGACAGUACUUUGCGUUGGCGUAGUGGGCAUGUACCAUUCUGGCAUUGGCGGAGGCGGCUUCAUGCUUGUUCGCAGCAGCAAUGGCUCGUACGAAUUCAUUGACUUUAGGGAGACUGCUCCGGCAGCUGCCUUUGAAGACAUGUACAUGAACAACGAAAACGCUAGUCUGUACGGUGGACUGGCGAGCGGCGUUCCUGGCGAGUUGAAAGGCCUUGCACGUUUACAUGAUUGCUACGGCAGUCUGCCUUGGAAAGACCUCGUAAUGCCGGCCGCUCAAGUGGCAAGGGAUGGCUUCGCGGUGACCGCCGACCUUGUUAGAUACAUGGACUCUGCCAUUGAGGGGAUUGACAACUUCCUCGUGAAUGAUCCAUCUUGGGCCAUUGACUUCGCUCCCAAUGGUACUCGAGUCGGACUUGGCGAUACCAUGACGAGGAAACGAUACGCUGCAACACUGGACACUAUCGCCGAGCACGGUAUUGACGCAUUCUACUCCGGUCCGAUCGCGAAAACGAUGAUCAACACUCUGCAAGCUCAAAAUGGCACCAUGACUCUCGACGAUCUCCAGAACUACACCGUGGCCAUUCGUGACCCGGCCGAGAUCACAUACCGAAACUUCAAGAUCCGUAGCUGCAGCGCGCCAUCCUCCGGUACGGUUGCCAUGUCAAUCAUGAAAAUCAUCGAAGGACAUCCUACUAUUGGUCAGGCUGCAACUCUCAAUGAGUCCACCCACAUCUUUGAUGAAGCCUUGCGUUUCGCUUACGGUCAACGCUCCCUGCUUGGCGACCCCCUCUUCGUCGCCAACCUUUCCGCCUACGAAGCCUCGAUGCUCUCACCAGCCACCGUCGCCGCUGUCCAAGCCAAAAUCGAUCCCAACCACACCUGGAACACCUCAGUCUACGAUCCUGCAGGUUUUGAGUCACUCGAAACCCCCGGUACCUCUGCAGUGGUCACCAGCGAUGUGACGGGUCUUUCCAUCUCGCUCACCACCACGAUCAACCUCCUUUUCGGCUCCAAGGUCCUCAUUCCCGAGACUGGAAUCAUCAUGAAUAAUGAGAUGAAUGAUUUCUCCAUCCCCGGCUCCAGCAAUGCGUUCGGCUACAUCGCUUCUCCCGCAAAUUACAUCAGACCUGGCAAACGUCCACUAUCGUCCAUUACACCCACCAUCGUCGAGAACGCUGACGGGUCUGUGUAUUUCGUCGCUGCGGGCGCUGGCGGGAGCCGCAUCAUCACCUCCACCGUGCAGCAGCUCUGGCAUGUUCUCGACCAGAAUAUGACAUCCGCGGAAGCGCUCGCAAAACCGAGAUUACACGACCAGUUGAUCCCGAAUCGAGUCGAAGUGGAGUGGACCUACGAUAAUGGGACGGUGGCAUUCUUGCAAUCUAGAGGGCAUAAUGUGACGAGAAUUGCGUUGGCGUCGAGCUCGUCACAGCAGUUGAGGCGAAUGGCGAAUGGGACUUUUGAGGCGGCGGGUGAGCCGAGGCAGUUGAACAGUGCUGGGUAUGUGGUUUGA